AUGGAGGGCGAGGCGAACGGGACCCUGGACCCCUCCUGCGGCUCCAGCGAGCCGCCCUACUCGGAGGAGCUUCUCCGGAGCCUUGACCUUCCAGGGAGACUUCUCUUUGCAACCUUGACUCUGAUGACGCUCAUUGCCAUUCUGGUGUUUAUAGAGGAAGCAAUCUACAUCUACAGGAAAAUCCCCUCCUCCAAAAGAUCAAUCAUAAUUUGGAUUAAUGCUGCAGCUCCAGUGAUCUCCACUACUUCGUGCAUUGGUAUGUGGGUUCCUCGCUCAACAAUGUUUACAGAUUUCACAGCAGGAAUAUUUUUUGCCAUAGUUAUCCACAAGUUCCUGAUGAUGAUGAUUAAAGAGUGUGGAGGGCAGAAGGUGCUCCUCAGACGGUUUGAAAAUGGUCACUUCACCAUCACCACCGGCCCCUGCUGCUGCUGCUGCCUCUGCCUCCCUCGUGUGCCCAUCACCAGGCAAACCCUCUUUUGGCUGAAGCUGGGCACCUUUCAGUUUGCUGUCUUUCGGCCUGUGCUUGUAUUUUUAUCAAUAGUGCUUUGGACUAAUGGCAAUUAUGUUCUUUACAAUGUGUCUCCCAAAGGACCUGCACUGUGGAUCAGCUGCUUCAUUGGUGCCCUCACCCUUUGUGCUCUGUGGGCAGUAGGAAUCAUGUUUCGAAAAGUUAGGAUUCUCCUUAAGUGUAAGAACAUUAUCCCAAAGUUUGCUCUUUAUCAGUUUAUUGUCAUUCUGAACCACCUGCAGACUACUAUUAUCAACAUAUUUGCUACACAAAAAAUCAUUCCCUGUGCUCCACCACUCUCCUCUACAGCAAGAGGAUCAUACAUUGCCCAGCAGCUGCUCAUCAUGGAAAUGUUUCUGAUAACUGUAAUCUCCAGGGUGGUCUAUCGGAGGAAAUACCACGACCUGGAGCCUCCGGAGUGCGUGGCUGAAGAACCUGGGGACAAGAAGCAGACUCCUGAGGUUAUCCUGAAUGGUGCAGCUGUGGAAGAUGCAUUGCCAAAGGUUUAG